CCCCGCUUAGGCACCCCCACACGUGUGUGCUGAGGAGUCCAUGUUUUCGCUGGCCCUGAAAUGCCUUAUCAGCCUGUCCACCAUCAUCCUCCUGGGUCUGAUCAUUGCCUAUCACACACGUGAAGUCCAGCUGUUCGUGAUCGACAACGGCGCGGACGACUGGCGGAUAGCCAUGACCUACGAGCGCAUUCUGUACAUCAGCCUGGAGAUGCUCGUGUGCGCCAUCCACCCCAUCCCCGGCGAGUACAAGUUCUUCUGGACCGCGCGCCUGGCCUUCUCCUACACGCCGUCGCGGGCGGAGGCGGACGUGGACAUCAUCCUGUCCAUCCCCAUGUUCCUGCGUCUGUACCUGAUCGCCCGCGUGAUGCUGCUGCACAGCAAGCUGUUCACCGACGCCUCGUCGCGCAGCAUCGGCGCCCUCAACAAGAUCAACUUCAACACGCGCUUCGUCAUGAAGACGCUCAUGACCAUCUGCCCCGGCACCGUGCUGCUCGUGUUCAGCAUCUCGCUGUGGAUCAUAGCGGCCUGGACCGUCCGCGUCUGCGAAAGGUACCAUGACCAGCAGGACGUAACUAGUAACUUUCUGGGUGCCAUGUGGCUGAUCUCCAUCACGUUCCUUUCCAUUGGCUACGGGGACAUGGUGCCCCACACAUACUGCGGGAAAGGUGUCUGCCUCCUCACCGGCAUCAUGGGUGCGGGCUGCACUGCCCUCGUGGUGGCCGUCGUGGCCCGAAAGCUGGAACUCACCAAAGCGGAGAAGCACGUUCACAAUUUCAUGAUGGACACUCAGCUCACCAAACGGAUCAAGAAUGCUGCCGCCAACGUCCUUCGGGAAACAUGGCUAAUCUACAAACACACGAAGCUGCUAAAGAAGACGGACCACGCCAAAGUCAGGAAACACCAGAGGAAGUUCCUCCAGGCCAUUCACCAACUGAGGAGUGUCAAGAUGGAGCAGAGGAAGCUGAGCGACCAAGCUAACACCCUGGUGGACCUUUCCAAGAUGCAGAACGUCAUGUACGACCUGAUCACAGAACUCAACGAUCGGAGCGAAGACCUGGAGAAGCAGAUCGGAGGCCUGGAGUCUAAGCUGGAGCAUCUCAGUACCAGCCUGAACUCCCUGCCCCUGCUGCUGGUGGACACCCUGUGCCAGCAGCAGCAGCAGCUCCUGUCUGCCAUCGCCGAGGCCCGUGGCGUCAGCGUGGCAGUGGGCACCACCCGCACCCCGCUCUCCGACAGCCCGAUCGGGGUCAGCUCCACCUCCUUCCCCACCCCGUACACAAGUUCAAGCAGUUGCUAAAUAAACCCCCCAACUCCAGACGCAUCGCCCAUAGGUCUUAAGAUGCAAAUCAACUCUCUCCUGGUCGCUUUCCAUUGAGGAACACGGAGACCAGGGCACGUGAGGAAGAGAGACCGAGCUAACUCACCAACUCGUGUUCAUUCGGCGUGCUGGGUUCGAUCUGCCUUGAAACCAGAAAUCUAAUCUCUGUUCAGGUGCCUCUACGGGGGAGCAGGAAGCGGAGAUGACAGGAAGCGACGCGUGUGGCGGGGCCUGGCUGCAGAGUUGGUGGAGAACAGGAGUCCACACUCAACCUCAGGUGCCAAGUGCCCUGCGACACUUGUUUACACACCUGAGAAAUGCAUUCUGGAAGCUGUAAUCUUAUGCCUGGACCAUGUGUUGAAAUAAACAAGAGACGUUGCGACCAACCAAGCUGGUGGAGGAAAAGCACAAAAUUCAACACCAACCUGAAGUUAGGAUCCCAAAGAAAUGCUGAAUUUAUAGCCAAAAAAAAAAAAAAAAAA